AUGGAUUGCCUUGAGCCACCGCCGGCUACUUUCAGAAUUUUGUCUCACUCUAUACAUUUCAUAAGCAUCCCAAUCUACUGCUUGGCUCUCUAUUCUUUGAUUUUUAUAAAGUCAAACGUUUUCACAACAUAUCGGAUUUUUCUGAUUUGGCAUGUCUCGGAGAACAUAUUUUUUGAAAUGUAUUCUGCAUUUUUCCUGGCUCCGGCUCUCCAUGCCCCAUUUGUCGUGAUGAGGACUACUGGAAUCUUGUCACAUUUUGGAAUAAAUUCGCUGGUUCAAUUUUAUAUACUCACAUUUUCAAUUGAAUGUAGUGCAGUUUGCAUCAGCGAAAUGUUCUAUUUUCGAUACAAAGCAAGUCUCGUGAGUUACAAGGAUCAUUAUUUCACAUAUUUUCUUCGCUUUCUCGUGUACUCUACGAGAUGCUUUGCGAUAUUUGACUUCAUAUUUCCGAUUGUGACCUAUCAAGAUGCUAAUAAGUUCCAGCAAAUUCACAAAUUAGCUUUGCUGCAGCAGAAUCCUUCUGCUCAGUUUUUAAGAUGUGAUUCGGUUUAUCUUCUUUCAGCAUUUGCUGAUUACGUAUCAAUUAUUGUUUUGUCAUUUUGGAUAGUGCAAUUUGUAGUUCUCUGUGUUGCUAUUCCCGGUGCAAUUGUGUACAUCACCUUAAACAUACCAAAAUCCACUUCUGAAACUACAUGGAAAGUUCAACAACAGCUAUUGAAAAGUCUUGCGAUUCAAGCUCUGAUUCAUGCGAUCAUGUUGGGGGGACCCAAUUCAUUAUUUAUUCUUGCAUUGUUUUUGGGGUAUAAUAGCGAAGAACUUGCGUACUCUGCGUUCCUUAGCUUGAUUUAUCACGGGUUUAUCUCAACAUUUGCAAUGAUAGUUUUCACCAAACCAGUUCGCCAUCAUAUUUUAGAGUGUCUCAAACUGAGGAAAACUUUUGAAACAAAAGGAAAUUCACUGAAGAAAUCGAACCAAGGAACUGUAACCACAUAAGAAUGUUGUCAAAAUUUGGAGCCAGCUGCCAAAACUUGGACGUUUUUUUUAAGAGUUUUUGCCAUUGUUUUAUUCUUGUUUGAAACAAUUUUAAAAACGCUUUCGCGCUUUUACUUCUCAGCGAAGUUUAAAUUUUUUGGCAAAACUUGGUUUAGAAGUUGGCUCUGUUAUCACAUCCAAGAAACUUAUAAGGAUUUUAAUUGCAUUUUUUGAAAUGAAUACGUUAUUUGAAGUUAUUGUAAAUUUACUUUUUAUUUGAAAUCGUAAAAAAAACCUUAUUUUCAAAAUA